GCGCGGAGCGGGGGGAUGCCGGCGCAGCAUCCACAGGAAUGAAAGCAGGGACGUCCAGGUUGGGAAAUGCAAGGCGGCGGUGAGAUUCUCUGCCUGGAUAAAAUGCCUGUUCCGAGCUCUGGAAUGCUGUGAAGACUCCCAGCCCAGGCACACUCCUCUCCAGAUUAUCUCCAUCCCAAGGAAGCUCGUAUCCAAGAGAGUUCCCGGUCUUCCAGCAUGAAUCCUGUUUACAGCCCCGUCCAACCUGGGGCUCCCUACGGAAACCCGAAGAACAUGGCCUACACAGGUUAUCCAACAGGCUAUCCCACUGCUGCCCCAGCCUACAAUCCCAACAUGUAUCCAACCAGCAGCCCCGGCUACGCCCCAGCCACACUUCUGAUGAAGCAGGCCUGGCCCCAGACCUCCUCGUCCUGCGCCACCGAGGGCACCUUCCACCUCCCUGUGGACACGGGCACGGAGAACAGAACCUACCAGGCUUCUUCUGCAGCCUUCAGGUACACUGCGGGGACUCCCUACAAGGUGCCACCAACCCAGAGUAACAACGCCCCUCCUCCCUACUCGCCGUCUCCAAACCCAUACCAGACCGCGAUGUACCCCAUCAGAAGUGCCUACCCACAGCAGAACCUGUACACCCAGGGAGCUUAUUACACCCAGCCCGUGUACGCGGCCCAGCCUCACGUCAUCCACCACACCACGGUGGUGCAGCCCAACAGCAUCCCCUCGGCCAUCUACCCCGCGCCCGUGGCCGCGCCGCGCACCAACGGCGUGGCCAUGGGCAUGGUGGCUGGCACCACCAUGGCCAUGUCAGCAGGAACCUUGUUGACCACCCCCCAACACACCGCCAUCGGAGCACAUCCAGUGUCCGUGCCAACGUACAGGGCUCAAGGAACCCCCACCUACAGCUACGUACCUCCACACUGGUAAACCACUGGCCAAUCCAUAUCCGGAGUCAAACAUUGUAUGCAACUACACAAGUCUUACAUCGGUGCUGCGGCCGCUGGGCUGCAGCGCCUCGUCUGUUUGCAAGAACAAAAGAAAAAAAAAAAGUGCAAGGGUCACUUUAUGCAUUCUUUAGUGGUUUUUGUAAAAGCUGCUUUUUCUAAUCUUCUGCCUCUUUUUUUCCCCCCUUCCUCCCCCUCCCACAUGAAUUGUGUACCACACAUACUGACACUGAGCAAUAGUCGAGUUCUCUCUUCGGUCCUAUCAUUUGAAAGCUCAGAAUCUUCACUUUUCCAGCAUUGCCCAGCUGAGUGGUGCAAAGAUCCCCCCACUUCUUGUUCGUUUGGGUUCUUUUUGUUCUUUUUCUGUUGUCGUUGUUGUUGACAAGAGCCUAGAUUUUUUUUGGCUAGUAAGAGUGGUUGAUGUUCAGGGUACUAUGUGAAAAGCACAGCGCUGGUAGGCAGGCUUAUUCCAAUUUGGUUUGGGUAUUUUUAGUUGAAGAAUAUAAAUUAUUCAAUCUUUCAUAACAUAUUACAAGAAAAUUGGUGUCUUCCAGAUAGCUGUCGUGAUAGAUUAUAAAUGCAUUAUCUGCAGUGGAAUUCUGAACUCAUCCCUUCUUUUUGUAGGAGUAAGAGAAUAUAAAUAUAAUUAGCGACGUAACACACUUGUCUUAGGAAGCACGAGGACUGGUCACCAGCGGGUCUUUGGUCUGCUUUUUCCAACUGGGCACACGGAUCAUGGGUGAUGGGAAGGGAGCAGCAGGAAGAUGCAUGCCCUGGGAGCAUCUGGAACCCCUUGGGAGAACGGGAUGCUCCCCUCAGCCACGUCCUGGGGCAGUGUGGGGGAGAAGGAGGCUCCUUCCUUGCGUGGCUGCUGCUUGCAGGCACAGAUGUGCUGGGCAGCUGCUGAGGGAAGCAAGGAGAUGUCCAAAGGUUGGGCUGGAGAGCUUCUCCAUGUCCAAGGAUUGAUCUGGAGAGCUUCUCCAGGUCCAAGGGUUGAUCUGGGGAGCUUCUCUCAGUUUAGGGCUUGGUCUUAAGAGCUCCUCCAGGUUUAGGGUUUGGUCUGAGGAGCUCCUCCAGGUUUAGGGUUUGGUCUGAGGAGUUCAUCCAGGUUUAGGGUUUGGUCUGAGGAGUUCAUCCAGGUUUAAGGUUUGGUCUGAGGAACUUCUCUCAGUUUAGGGUUUGGUCUGAGGAACUUCUCUCAGUUUAGGGUUUGGUGUGAGGAGCUCAUCCAGGUUUAGGGUUUGGUCUGAGGAGCUCAUCCAGGUUUAGGGUUUGGUGUGAGGAGCUCAUCCAGGUUUAGGGUUUGGUCUGAGGAGCUCAUCCAGGUUUAGGGUUUGGUCUGAGGAGCUUCUCUCAGUUUAGGGCUUGGUCUGAGGAACUUCUCUCAGUUUAGGGCUUGGUCUGAGGAGCUUCUCUCAGUUUAAGGUUUGGUCUGAAGAGCUUCUCCAGGUUCAAGGUUUGGUCUGAGGAGCUCAUCCAGGUUUAGGGUUUGGUCUGAGGAGCUUCUCCAGAGUAUGGUGGUGUGGGAAAAGAGGGUGUCUGGUUGAUGGAGAUGAGUCUUCAAGGCAGGGCAAGGGGAAGAUGGGUGGCUUCAGCUUGCACCCGUGGUGUUGGCACUGCCUCCAUGGCAGCUGAGGUGUCCCCCUCCCGUUCUUUGGGUUGCAGCUCCAAGACUUCCAGGAGGAACGUUCACCCAAGCACAAAUAGCAGCACCAGGGAGAAAGGCCGGGGAGGAUGUCUGGCUGCUCUGCUUGGAGGGGUGGCAGAGGAGGAAGCAAUAGCAAUAAACACGUCGCCUCCUUCACGGGAAGGCACCUGAGCAGAGGUGACAGCAGGGAAGGUGAUCCACAGUUGGCAUGGAGCAGGGUGGGGGACACCAGGCACGCAGAGGCUGUGGGCAUCAGGGUCAUUUGGAGGGGUUUGGCUUACCUGGGACAUGGGGACAGGGAGCUGGUGACAGCCCCCCUCGGGGUGUCCAAGCAGAGCAAUAAGUUGUCUUGAGGGCAGCAGAGGCAGUUUGGAUUUGCAGACAAUGCUUGUGGCCAGUUUGUUUUUAAAUCCUUGUCACUAAACCCAGCAUAGAAACAAGGUUUUUGGGACUUUUUUGGGUUUUUUUUUUUUUUUUUUUUAAGACAAAAGCUUGGUUGGGUUUUGAUUUUUGCCUCAAGUGUGCCAAAAGUGUUCCAUGCUCUCGGUGGAGUCUCCCAGCGUGGCUUCUGCUCCUGGAGCUCCUUCCCUUGGGCAUGGGGCAGGUGGGGAGUAACAAGCCUAGGGAUCCCAGGAGGAUUUUCCCUCCCACUGGCUGGUCCCAGGAGUUUGUCAGGUUGGGUGUUGGUGCUUCUGUUUGGGGGCGAUUUGGUUGAUUCUGCUGGUUUUGAAGGAAAUCUAGAGCAAAGCUCUGGUUGAUCUCCUCAGCCUUGAGAGGAACAAAGUGGGGGAAGACUGUGCUGUGGGGUGGGGAAGGGGCACCCUUGGGCUGCACUUUGGGGUGGUAUUGAGGGAAAGGAGAAGGAAAAAAGAGCAAAGGAGCCAAUCAUCAGUAGAUUCCCUAUUUGGCUUGAUUAGUAAAGAGCAACAGACCUUGGGAAAUAACACCAACACAUCAUCCUUGCACUGUUUGUAGCACAUUGCAGUUAAACCUGGGCCAAAAAAACCCCAGAUCCUAAGAAUUGAAGAGUUCUGAGAUCCCUUUUCCCCCUCUCAUGUUUGUGUUACACACCAGGAGCUGUCUGUCAGCAUUGAGCCAGGUCUCCCAGCAUAGUGGCAGUCUGGUUUGUGGGGUCCCUGAGCUUUGGGAUCCCAGCCUGGGCUCUGCAAACAACCUGAACCAGCAGACACCAUCCCACCACUGUCCCAGACACCACUUUGGGAACCACUCCUAAAAUUCGGACCUGGGUGUGGAAAGGAGAUGUUGGGCUUUCUCCUGGAAGGAAAAGAAACAUGAAAGGUGGGGAGAAAGCCCCAGGAGUGGAGCGUGGUGGAUCACCCAGUGUUCCCACUGACACAGGGCAGUUGGGUUUUAAUUCCUUUGCUUGGAUCAACAGCAGAUCCAGAGCUCCUCAUCCCAUUAUUCCCAGGCAGAAAUACUCAUUAACCAAAGCGUGGAGUGGUGAAAUAUUUGCCACCUGUUGGGCCAGAGGCUUCAGUGAGGACAUUUGGUAACCAGCCUUGAGCCACUGUGUGGAACCAGGGCCACCACACAGUGCCAGGCUUGGGUGGCUCCUUCCCAAGGUGGGGAGAUGCUCCCUGCCCUUCCCUUGGUCCCAAGCCCUUCCCUUGGUCAAGUCUUGGCUUAACUGAGGGUCCUGGGAAGGUCACAAUGGGGGACACUGAUGGAGCCACCAGCUUCUCAGAUAUUUCAUUCCAGCAAAGCUUUGCUGAUGUUGGUUAAGGGAUUUCCACAGUGAAGGAUCACUCUGGGCAUCAGUGGGAAAGAGCAGGAGGGGUUAAACCAUCCUCAGCAGCCACUGAAGUGUCUGAGAUUAAAAUUCCAGCUAAAGAGGAAGGGAAAAUAACUCUGAACCAUUAACCCAUCCCAGGCCUUACCUUUACUUCAAAACACAAUCUGCAAUGCAAGAUUUGGGGGGAAAAAUAGGAUUUUAGUGGUGGUGGUGACCCCCAAAGCCCAGGAGCCCCUUGAAGCCUGAGGCCAUCAUGCCUCCAAGUGGCUGAACCCUCCAGGCAAGGAUUUGCUACUGCAUUUUAUGAAUAAUAAAUCACUCAGUUCAGCAUGGUUUCAGUUUUGGGAUGUAAUUCCCAGGAAAUGUUAUUUAAGGGGUUUGUUUUAAUGAGGGACGUUCAGAGCAUCAGGUUUUCCUCCAGCCCCCAGCAUCCCCCUGAAUCUGGUCCUUCCCAGAGAGACCCCCUGACUCUUUGCCAUCCCCUCUGGGAACGUGGGGAUGAUGUGGUUCCCAGCUGGAGAGCAUCAAAUGGGAUCCUGGCUUUUCAGCAGGGUGGAAAACAACAUCUGAGGCUUUAUUUUUGGUAAAAUCCAACCAGCCAACAAUAGCAAUAAGAGCUGCUGGAUACCCAUAAAUCCAGGUAUUUUUGAUUUGGCCUUAUUUUUGAUUUGGGCUUUUUUUUUUUUUUAAUUGCCAAUAUUUUCAGGCCCUCCAGCUGUGGUGACCCUCUGCCCAUCUUCCCUUCACUUUGCUCCCAAGCCAGGAUCAGCUUCCAAAUAUUUUCUCUGCUGUGUGUUAGCAUUCCCUUAGGGGAAAAAAAAAAAAGAAAAUAAAGCCUGUGAGGGAGCUUGGGAGGGAGGAAAUCUUGCAAAAGGCAUUCCUUGCACCAUGGCACUUGGAGAUUCUCUGGCAAUCAGGUGAAAGAACUUGUGGGCAUGUUUGCAGGGCAGGAAUAGCAGAAUUUGUGGUUUGACAGGAGCGAUUCCCAUUUGGAAACGCUCGACUGUGCUGCUUGUAGGGAAUAAUCUUGAUGCAACGUGGCCACCUGCAGCCUCCCUGCAUCCUCCUGCAAGAGAUGGAAUUUUCCAGGGGGAAGAGGGGUUCAGGGCCAGGGGAGGGAGUUGUAGGGAAGCAUGGCAAGGUGCAGGAUCACACCCAAACCCUCCCAUUCCCACAACACGGCCUCGACCCACACCAGGCUCCCACCCCUCUUUCUAUGUAAUUCAUUUUAAAUUGAUUUCAACCACCAGACCAGCUCAUUUUUAAGUAUUAUUGGACCUCUUAAAUAAAAAUAAAUACCAAAAAAAAAAAAAUUAUUCCCUGAAAGAACAGCAACAAAAAAAAAAUUUAAACCCAAGAGUAACCACGUCUUCCAAGUCUACAUCUCACAGGUGUGUAGGGAACAUGGCCUUGGAGAUGCCCUGGAGAGCCCCACAGCCUCAGUUUGUCCAUCUGAAGUGUAAAUUUGGGGUUGUUUUCCCGUUUGUUUUCUGUUCUGGUUUUGGUUCUGAAGAUCAGGUCGUGAUCUCCCUGACAGAUUUCAGCCAAGAGUUUGUAACUGUAUGAUAUUUACUGUAAGAUGUAGAACAUUCGAUAACUAUUAAAAUGUUUCCAAAAAAAAAUUAAAUAAAUAAAUAAAAGAGCCCGA